AUGGAUGCGUUGAGUUGUUUCGUUUGUGUUGUGCGUGAGUCUAACCUCUUUAUAGUCUGCCAACGGAAAGAAGGUGAGCUUUUUUGCCUCGUUGUGCGAGAAACUAUCGAUAACAAGGUUUACUUCGAGCAGGCUGACUAUGAUAAGUUGGUCGCUGAGGUGCCUAAGAUGAAGCUCAUCACUGUCUAUACCAUUGUGGACCGUCUGAAGAUCAACGGUUCCUGCGCUCGUGCUGGAAUUCGUGAGCUCCUCAAGCAGGGAAAGAUCGUGGAGGUUUCCAAGCGUGGACACUACAUCUUGACCCGCAGCCAAUAAGCGAUUGUAAUCGGUCACAUAUGGAUUUGGAACACUG